AUGCCGCUGGUGAAAAGGAACAUCGAUCCCCGGCACCUCUGCCAAAGGGCGCUCCCCGAGGGUAUUGGUAGCGAGUUGGAGUGUGUGAUGAACAAUACGCUGUCUGCCAUCAUCCGCCAGCUAAGCAGCUUGAGUAAACAUGCAGAGGAUAUAUUUGGUGAGCUGUUUAAUGAGGCCAAUGCCUUCUACCUGCGUGCCAACUCUCUGCAGGACCGCAUUGACCGACUGGCUGUAAAGGUCACCCAACUCGACUCCACUGUAGAGGAAGUUUCUCUACAAGAUAUCAAUAUGAGGAAAGCUUUCAAGAGCUCUACCACUCAAGACCAGCAGGUGGUGUCCAAGAGCAGCGUGCCCAUCCCAGUGAAGGACAUGUUCAAUCUGAGUGACAAACCACCGCCUCUCAACAUCCUGUCACCUUACAGGGAUGACCACAAAGAAGCACUCAAAUUCUAUACUGACCCCUCCUACUUCUUUGACCUGUGGAAGGAAAAGAUGCUGCAGGACACAGAGGACAAGAGGAAAGAGAAAAGGAAGCAGAAGGAGCAAAGGCGAUGUGUUGAUGGAACAUUACAGAGGGAGGUGAAGAAGGUCCGAAAGGCAAGGAACCGUCGGCAGGAGUGGAAUAUGAUGGCACUGGAUAAGGAGCUGAGGCCGGACCAUCGGCACACCAUACACCUAGACAGAGGAGCUUCUUCUGAGGGUUCCAUGUCACCAGAGAACAGGGGUCAUGGUGCAGAUCAGCACCACUACCCCAGCUCCAUGAACAAUGCUGGUCACGCCCACACCUACUCUGGCCCACCACCCAGCGCCCUGGCUGCACAGAUGACGGCAGGCCAUGCCACACGUGGAAGUGACCAUGACAGCAGGAGUAGAAUGAUGGCCUAUCAAGGUGGUACGCUGAGCCGGUCUCACCACCAAGUCUCACUCCCUCCUCCCCCUGCUGAGGCUGUGAACGGGGGAUCUGGAUCCCUUCCACCAUUGGAGUACAGUGUGGAUGGCUAUGUGAAUACUGGCCCAUCUGCCCCUCCACCAGCCCCUCUCAUUCCUUCAGCUCAGACCGCCUUUGCAUCACCUCCUGGAGGCCCACUGUCUCCUGGGCUACAAGGUGGAGGCUAUGCUCCUUCUCAAACACUCGUAUCUGGAGCACAAGCAGCUCCUCCUCCUCCUGGUCCUCCACCACCACCCCUUCCCGCUGGAACCUCCCACAUCACAACACACAAGAUGUCCUCUGCACCCGUUGAGAACACAGUGGUCAGUGAUGCCCGCAGUGAUCUGCUGGCUGCUAUACGGAUGGGCAUCCAGCUGAAGAAGGUGCAGGAGCAACAGGAGCAGCAGGCUAAGAGGGAGCCAGUUGGAAACGAUGUAGCCACCAUCCUGUCACGCCGCAUCGCCGUGGAAUACUCGGACUCCGAGGACGACUCGGAGUUGGAGGAGAACGAUUGGUCCGAUUAACACGAAUAGCAGGAUGAUCACAAAAGAUGCGUGUGCAUACACACACACACACAGUCAGUCAGUGUCACUUGCACAAAUUCCCACUGUAACACAUUCACGGGUCACACACUCCACCUACGCACCAUCACUCGCUGUAUGCUCAUAUAAGCUGAAUUCUCCAAAAGCACAAAUGGGCUGUUUGUAAGAUGUAUAAAUUCAGUUUCAAGAAAGGACCGAUUAUCCUGGCAUGCUGAUAACUAUGUGAAACUUUUAACAAAGUCAACAGUGAUAUUGACAGCAUUGUGAGCACACCCCCACUGUAUUUCUCUGCCUGUUUUAACACUAUAGUCACUGUGUCAAGGAGCUUUUUUUUAAUGUAUCGUCGGGGCUAAAGAGCUUUAGAAAAAACUAGAAACUUUUCCUGUUGGACUAAUGUAUUUGUCUUUUUUUAAAUGUUUGUACUUAAACAUUACCAGAGAUCGUGGGGCAACAUUUUAACAUGUAGAUGGCAUGAAAUGGAUUAAUGAGGCUGCAGGGUGCGCCGAUGGGCAGAGAGUGAAACCAAGAUGGAAGAUGAAAAAAAAAAAAUCUAUUGAUUAUUGAUGUAAAAAGUGA